GCUAAAUGUUUGCUGUCAAGAAAAAAGUCGAGAAAAGCUACAAAAAAUACAUAUUCAAUAGAGUUUUUAAAUUAAAUUUUAUUUCGUUUCAACAGCCGAUUUUAUUUACGCGCAAUUUCUAUUUUCUGUGCUUCAAAAAUUAUUUACUUCGUGCAGCUGGUAGCGUUAAUUUGAAACAUGCUUUACUGCUGAUAAAUUCUUGGAGAGUAGUGCAAAGUACGCUAAAACAGCGAUGAAAUAGAAAGUUUAUGAAAUUACAUAAAUUUCAUUAAAAAAAACUUUCGACGUUUUCAAUCUAUGGUGCUGAAGUUGUGAUAUUUUAUAGAACAAAAUAGUUAAACUAAUAGCGUACGCUAUAAAAUAGGUAAAAAAUGACGAAUAUCGGCAAUUUAUUGCACUGCGUGUCCAAACAAAUUAAACGCUCUGAACGCGAUGCUCUUAUCAGUUCCUUACUUGCCAAAACAACGGAGACAGAAAAUGUUAAACCGGAUCACUGUGCUAUAAGGCGUGUUGAAAUUUUAGAAAAGGAAGCUUUUGCGUUCUUUGCUCAAGCUCUGCAUUUGUAUCAAGCGGACGAAUGGAUGAUAUCGUUCAACGGCGGCAAAGAUUGCACUGUUUUGCUGGACUUAUUGCAAGCCUUCUUUAAACGCAACAAAUGUAUCAGUCACAUACGCGUGCCAGUAUUGUAUAUUGAGUCGGAAAACAGUUUUGAAGAGGUCGAAGCUGUGGUGCUACAUUGCGAAAGACGCUAUAAUAUAGAUUUAAUAAGGCGCAAAGGUUGUAUAAAGGAUGUGUUGACGCAGAUACUCGAAGAGAAGCCAGAGAUACGUGCUAUAUUCAUGGGCACAAGACGCACGGAUCCAUAUUGUGAGAAUUUAAAUGCUAUGCAGGUUACAGAUGCUGGCUGGCCAAGUGUAAUGCGUAUAAACCCACUGCUCGAUUGGAGCUAUAGCGAUAUUUGGUAUUACACAUUCGUGCGUCAAGUGCCCUACUGCCGUCUAUAUGAGGAGGGCUAUACAUCGUUGGGUCAAAAGCAUAAUACAAUGCCAAAUCCCCAUUUACGCAUAUUUGAUCCGGUUACCAGAGCUGUCACAUAUAAACAUGCCGCUGAGCUGAUGGAUGCUGAGUUCGAACGCGCUGGCCGCAUUAAAAAAGAUUACGUGGCGAAUUGUGAUAAAGAGCAGGAGAGCAAAAACCAAGAAGCUGUCGAAGAAAAAUAGCAUAAAAGUAAAAAUUAUUCAUAACCUAGUAUUGACAAAUAGCUAAAUUGUUAACAUCGUGAUAAAUUCAAAUUCGAUAAAGUAAAUUUAUAUAAAAUCUUAUAUACACUAUGCAACAUAGUGUUAAUAUUUUAGCAAAUUCCAAAUAAGCGCGCUUAUAAAACUAAAAUUACAAAAACUAAAAAUUAAACAUAGAACACGCCUGUAUAUAGUAAUAUUCGCUAUUUACCAAACAGAAAAUGUGAAUUUUGUAAAAGCUAUAGAAAUGAUUUUUUUUUUAUAAAUAGAACCUAGAGGCUUCAAUUAUAAAUCGGUUUCGCUUAUAAGUAGGUGGUCUUAAGCAUAGCCUUAUAAAAAAAAUGUAUGUACUUAUAUUGCAAUUUUAUUAGAACCCGCAAAAAAAUAUUCCACUGAAAAUAUGUACAUAUGUAUAUGAACCGUUUUAAUGAAAUUUAUUGUACUUAAAUAAAUUUUCUUUACUGAAUUGUCACCUAUAUUCAGUAAAUAUAAUUGGUGCUAAACAAGAACAAUAAAAAACGAAUGUUUUCUACAGCUAAAA